AUGGCGAAGAAGGCCCAAAAGCCCCAGAAAGGCUCGGGAGGCCGGACACAGACCCAUCUCCAUGCAAGAGUGGCUUACCUAUGCAAGGCCGCCGACUACCUGCAGAGUGCUACGUCUCAUAAACCUGGCAAAGCUGACAACAAAAGCCAGGUAAUAUAUGAUACCACUUCCGUCCCCGAGCAAAAUAUUUCAAAGGAGACCCAGCAACUCGGAGUGAGCCAUGGAAAGGAUAUGUUUUCAUCUAUCUCGAGACAAUAUGGUAACCAGCUCCGCGCCGUGUCCCAAAAAUCUCAAAUAAGACUGGUCCGCGAGACAAAGCGAUCCAUAUGCAAAAGAUGUGAUUCAUUGUUGAGAUCAGGAGUGACGUGUUUAGACACGGUAGAGAACAAGAGUCGAGGGAGAAAGAAGCCAUGGGCUGACACUCGGGUCAUCACAUGUGGAUUCUGUGGCACACAAAAGCGUUUUCCCCAGGGUGUUCAAAAGAGUGUCAGACUCGCUGAUCGACGAAAACCUCACCUACCCAAAGAAACUGUGCCAUCACCACAAGAUAUGCAAUUAGGAUGA